AUGGUGUACUGUGGCCGCGGCCAGAAAGUAGAGAAGGUGAUGGUGCAGCUUGUUGUAUCCUACGCUGCUAAAAGAAAAAGAUCCUGGAUUCAGGUGUGGCUCUAUGAGCAAGUGACUAUGCAGAGAGAGGGCUGUCUCCUAGGCUUCGAUGAGUGCAUGGACCUUGUAUUAGGUGAUGCAGAAGAGAUUCAUUCUAAAACAAAGUCAAGAAAGCAACUGGGUCGGAUCAUGCGGAAAGGAGAUCACAUUACUCGGCUACUAAGCCUGUCCAACUAG